AGUAAUUCAAACCAGAACCGGGAAUGAAUGACCGGCGUCAAGAACCAAGACGCGUGUCAUCUCAACAAUGUUCAGUAAACGCGGUGCGCUGAUAGUUUUGGAGGGUUGCGAUCGGGCCGGCAAAUCGACCCAAGCGAAGAUGCUGAUGAACGCGUUGGACAAUCUACGGAUUCCUGUGAAAGCCCGAGCUUUUCCGAAUAGAAAGACUCCUGUCGGAGCUAUCUUGAAUAGUUUCCUGUCAAAAGAGAUAAAUAUGCCACCAGAGGCAGUUCACUUAUUGUUUUCUGCGAAUCGAUGGGAGUGCAAGGAGGAUAUUGAGAAGACACUUUUGUCUGGCGUUACUCUAGUGAUGGACAGAUACACAGCUUCUGGUGCUGCAUAUACAGCAGCCAACACUGGCAGAAGUCUCAACUGGUGUCAACAACCUGACAUAGGGCUUCCAAAGCCAGAUUGCGUGGUGUUUCUCAAGGUUUCCAAGCGACAGCAAGAACAGCGUAGUGAUUGGGGAAAAGAAAGGUUUGAGCAUGAUGAAUUUCAGCAACGUGUCAAUGCUAAUUAUGAGGAAUUAAAAGAUGAUACUUGGGUCAUUGUAAAUGCGGAUCAAGAUGAAUCGGCUGUGCACAGUGAAAUACUGCAAAAGGCACUGUCAGUAAUCCAAGAGGUUCAAUGUCAUAAUAUAAAGGUAUUAAGUAAUUGAAAAUGCGGAUGAAUAUCUAAUUUUAUAUUUCUAUCAUGGCAAGGAAUUACUAUAUUAGCAAUUUUUUGCGGUAUUUUUGCUACAAUCUCUAAAAUUUUGAUAUAAUAAAAUAAAUGAAUAUAUUAAAUGAAAGUCUAUUUUAAUAUUUGGAAGUUGUAAAGUAAUUUAAAAGCCUUAUUAAAUUAAACUGUAUAAAUCUUGUUGAUUUCUAUUUAAUAGAUAUAUAACUAUAUCAGUUAAUAAGUAAGAUAUAUAUAGUUGGAAUUAAAAAAAAAAUGGAAAUAUUUAGAUAAAAUUGUAUAGAAUAUGUUGAAAUUGUAAUAUGUAAAUUUAGAUUGCCUAUGUUUGAUUCAAAAUUAUUUGUUUCAUUAACGUUUGUAUAUGAAAUACUUGUAUUUAAUGCCAAAUGUAAUAAAGUAAAUUUGUUUUUAUUUUUCCUGAUAAAAGCGAAAUCCAAGUAUAUCGCGUUACGCAAUUUUCCAUGCAAAUAUAAUUUCACGCUUGUCACAAUAAGUUGCCGAGACGGAAUUUUCUUCCAUCUGGAUUUAAAUACAAAUCCGAUUUCUUAGAAAAACCGGCAUUAAAGAAAAAAUCGGGGUCGCACGCGUCUCUCGGAAAAAUUCAGACAUAUCUUAGAGAAAUGCGGCUUCGUCGUACAUCUGGUCUCGGUCUCGAUCUCAGCGAAAUAAAAUAUGCGAUAAACCCUUCUGGAAUCGGAUAGCACACUUUGUGCGUUACGCUCUGUCUCUCACGAGAUGCAUCUCGUCCUCGGGACAUGACUGAUCAUGCGACACACAUUAGAUAUUGUAUAAUAAAUAAAACUCUAUAAGAAAUAAAAAUGUGUUAGACUAUAAAUAACAAUGUAUGAAUAAAAAUGAGUGUUAUUACAAAGAGGUAGAUUGAGAUGAUAUAGGUAUCCGUAUUUAUAAUUGCAUUUUUGUUAAAGAAUUCGGCUCGAUAAUAAAAAUUGCAAGUCGUUUAAGCUCGAAGUUCUAUUAAGAAAAAAAAAAAAAAAAAAAUGAAAGAA